GGGAGACUCCGGAACUGGAAGUGGCAGGACCUUCUCACGAGAGCAAUCCGGACCCAAUUAGGUGCUACCCAGUCUGGUUACCCUGGUAACAGGCGUCGCGGUUUGUCAAGAAACCGAGAGACUUAAGAGGCCUAUUCACCUCAAUCAUGGAGUCAUCCUCAAACGGUCUGCUUACCCAAGUUACUCAGUUCUGGAACCUACUAGAUGAUCUGGCUGAAAGUAACCCUGAGAGCUACAAGAACUUCAUUCAACAGCAGCUGAAAGAGGGCAAACAGCUUUGUGCUGCCCCAGAACCACAGCUCUGUCUACAAACAAGAAUCCUGAAACCUAAAGAAAAAACACUUUUUAUCAACCUAUGUCAAUGGAAAAGGAUUCCAGCUCCCCAAUCACUCACUCAUCCAGUACCUCUGAGUGUUGGCAGACCAGAAGAUAUGUCUGAAACAUCAGAUGUUUACACAGUCAUCGAUGUUGCCUACAAUCCUGAUGUUCUCCAGGCAGCAGAAAAGGACCAAGUGAAAAAAGAUCAGUUAGUACAGAUGGCCAUGAAAUGCAUUGAGGAACAACUCCAGGUCACUCUCUCACACGUUUACCAUAUUACCAAAUUUAAAAUAAAAGGAAGCAUUCAAAGGAUGAAACAAAACCUGAUGGGAAUCCAAACUGGCCCCACAGAUUUAAAAGAGAAAAUGAGAAAAGAACUAACCCUUGAGCAGAUAAGAAGCAGUACUCUGAGCAAUUCAGAUCACUUCCCUCAACUUUUACUGCCAAAAGACCAAGUUUCAAGCAAAAAGGGGUGCCUGAUAGAAGAGAUUUCCAGUACAGAGAUCCAGGUGGAGAUGAAGACACCAGCCUAUGAAUUAAAAAUUGUGGCAGAUCAGAAUGAGAAACCACUGAAAAUUGAAUUAAAAGUUGAAUUACCUGGUAUUAAUUCAGUAUCUCUCUGUGACCUUAGUGUUUCUGAGAAUGAUUUAUUGAUUGAGGUCUCUGAGAAGUACAGAUUGCAUCUGAAUCUUCCAGAAUCUGUGGAUACUGAAAUGACUACAGCAAAAUUUAUCAAAGAGAAAGCUACAUUGAUCAUCACAAUGCCAUUGGUAAAAGAAAAAAGAAAGAAAAGAAACAGAAGGGAAGACACAAACAGAGAAGACCAUGUGAAAAUGUAGCCAGAGGUAAGAAUUAUGCAGCCACAAGCCAAGGAAUGCCUAGAGCCACCAGACUUGGAAAAAGCAAGAACAGAUUCUCGCCUACAGCCUGUGGAGGGAGCAGAGCGCUGCUAACUUCUUGAUUUCAGACUUCUGGCUUUCAGAACUCAUAAUAAAUUUUUGCUUUAAGUGACCAAUUUUGUGUAAUUUGUAAUGGCAGCCCUAGGAAACUAGUAUAGUGUGUAAGGAAUAGUAAGACCCUCAGAUGUUCUCCAAGAAUGGUGUGACCAAGGAGAAAGUCAGAGUCAGUAGAUAACCUGAUGUUUGAUAGGACUGAAAAAUGGUUUAGAGUUCUCUUGGGGAGUUUCAGAAAGAAUUCAUGAUGCGUACACAGAACACUAGCCAGCUGGUAAGCAAUCUUUAAAAGCAGUUAGGAGACUGGGGAGCCUUUUUUCAGGCUGACUGGUCAUAGAGUAGAAAAGCAGAGAUCCCCCAACCCUGGCUUCUGUUCACACAGCUCCAGUUCACUCUGCCCUCCCUCUGCUGGAGCCCAAGGCUAUGCAACUAUAUAAUGAAGGUAUCUCAGAGAACCCAAAGCAAGAGAAUGAGUGUUUUAAGCUGCCAUUAAUUCUGAAGCAGCAACUUGGGAUUUUAGAUUAAAAGAAUACUUUGAGGCACAUGCAGAAGUGAAAAGACAACCAAGAGCGUCCACCUCAGGUGACUGGGGAGGCUGAGCCACUGGGCCCUAUACGACACC